GGCGGGAGGAAAGGCGGAGCCAAGGCUGGGGAGCCCGGAUGUGAGCUGGGUGGCAGGAGACCUGAGCAGAAGAGGAGGAACUGGACUAGUGGCAGGAGGAGAGCGAGCCUGGGAGGGGCGGGGCCCAUGGAGGGAGAGCAAGGGCCUCUCGGUGUAAGGGCUGCCUUGGGGGAGAGGUAGUUCUUUACAACCACAAUGGAUGAUUUAAACCUGCACUACAGAUUUCUUAACUGGAGGAGGAGGAUCCGGGAGAUCCGAGAGGUGCGAGCUGUUCGCUACCAAGAGAGAUUCAAACAUAUCCUUGUUGAUGGAGAUACGUUAAGUUACCAUGGAAACUCUGGUGAAGUUGGCUGUUACGUUGCUCCUCGCCCACUGACCAAAGACAACAAUUAUUUUGAGGUAUCAAUUGUGGACAGCGGUGUACGAGGGACCAUUGCAGUGGGGCUGGUGCCUCAGUACUAUAGCCUGGACCAUCAACCCGGAUGGCUACCGGAUUCAGUUGCCUACCAUGCCGAUGAUGGCAAACUUUACAACGGCCGAGCCAAGGGCCGUCAGUUCGGGACGAAAUGUAGCUCUGGGGACCGGAUUGGUUGUGGGAUUGAGCCGCUGUCUUUUGAAGUCCAGACAGCUCAGAUCUUCUUCACCAAAAACGGAAAGAGGGUGGGCUCCACUAUAAUGCCACUUUCUCCAGAGGGGCUGUUCCCAGCCGUGGGAAUGCACUCCCUGGGAGAAGAGGUCCGGCUCCAUCUGCAUGCAGAACUGGGCAACGAGGAAGAGGAUGACAGCAUCAUGAUGGUGGACAGCUAUGAGGAUGAAUGGGGCCGACUGCAUGAUGUGAAAGUCUGCGGCACACUCCUGGAGUACGUGGGGAAGGGGAAGAGCAUAAUUGACGUGGGUCUAGCACAAGCCCGGCAGCCCCUCAGCACCAGGAGUCACUAUUUUGAAGUAGAGAUUGUAGAUCCAGGAGAGAAAUGCUACAUUGCGCUGGGUCUGGCUCGAAAGGAUUACCCGAAAAAUCGGCAUCCUGGCUGGAGCAGGGGAUCUGUGGCCUACCAUGCAGAUGAUGGCAAGAUCUUUCACGGGAGUGGAGUGGGGGACCCCUUUGGGCCCCGCUGCUACAAGGGAGACAUCAUGGGCUGUGGGAUCAUGUUCCCACGUGACUACAUCCUUGACAGUGAAGGUGACAGUGAUGACAGCUGUGACACAGUGGCUAUCAGGGCCAAGCCACGAGGUGUGAGGAAUGUCUUAUACCUACACCAGGAAGCUGAAGAGGAUGAGGAUGAAGAAGAGGAUGGGGAGGACAUGGAGCAAGAACAUGAAGGCAAGAAAGUGGUGGUGUUCUUCACGCGCAAUGGGAAAAUUAUUGGCAAGAAAGAUGCUGUGGUGCCAUCUGGGGGCUUUUAUCCCACUAUUGGGAUGCUGAGCAGUGGAGAGAAGGUCAAGGUAGAUCUGCAUCCACUCAGCGGCUAAGGAUCCAAGGAUGGGGAGCCUGCCUCUUCUUCUGCCAUUCUUCGGGACAGCCCCAUUGCUGUUCUUCAUUGCACUUCCAGCCUCUGCCUCUAGGGGCAGCAUUUUGUCUGUGGGGCCAUAUAGAUAUCUGUCUGUCUAAACACCACCUGAGCCAUCUGUCCUGUAUUUUUUUUUCUUGCUUGACUGCAGCUGCUGUUGGACUCCUAGUACCAUUGCUGGAUGCUGUAAAAAUCUUGAGGCUCUUGUUCCCAAGCAGGUCUGUUACUGAUUACUGGGACAGAGUCCUGAUCUCUUCCCACUCGCUAUGUUCUGCUGGCCCCUGCCUCAGGAAACAUUGUGGCCAUUGCUUCUCAACCUUUGAAAGGGUGGGGUAAGGUCUAGCCUAGUUCCACGAUGAAUGGGCGCAGAGCCCCAUUUUGCAUUGGAAGAGCAUGGCUCCUGUGGACCAUAUUUCAUUUCUGUAUAAUUCUUCAGACGUUUGUCGUCCUUCCCCAGCUGCAGGCCAGCCCCACAAGUCUUAAGUUAGCUGUAAUUCCUUUGGCACCUCCUUCAGGCACACUCACUCCUUUCCCAGUUAAAAUGUAGCCUGUAAUCCCUGGCUCCUAGAAAUGGCAGAGAUCCUGUUUUCAUUUCUGAAAGAGGAGCCCGUGCGAACUUUGAGGAAGGCAUGAGAGAAUACGAUAUAGCUGGCGGAAAUCUUUCUAAGACUGCAUUUCCCUGUGUGGUGUGCACCUUUCCUCACAUCAUUAAGGAAGGAUCUUGCCAUCCCUUCUGGACUGUCUCCCUGCUAUUUCUACUGGCAUGCCUUCUACCAAGGCCACAGUCUGGAGACGUGGUGAGGGGGCAACUCUUGAGACAGCCUGCCUUGGCCCAUCCCCCUUUCCAAAGCCACUGAGGGACCUCUAAAAUCAGUUACAUAUGCUGGGCCCCUGGAAGGGUGGUGCUUUUCCCUGGGUGCAAAUACUGCUGCAAACCUGUACUGCUGCUGUUGUCAUUUUAUAAGGUGGGGAAGAGGUAUGGAGCAUGCAUCAUGCCCUGCAAUUUAAUUGUAAAAUGUUUUCUCUUCAACCUUCCCGCUUCUCUCCUCCUUCCCUCAAGUUUACUGAGGGCUGGUUCUUAGUGUGUAGGCCUGCCCUUGUGGUCAUUUGCACUCUAGGUCUCUUGUACUCUGCAUUGUGAUUGCUUUGUUGUAACCCUUAACCUUCUCUGGCUUUGAGGUUAUCAAAGGCUAUUUGGAAGUGUAAAAAUCUGUCAAGAUGCCACUUGUGUAGAUGUGGCUAAUGUAUGGCAAGAGAAGCCAACGCAUAGUAGCUUCCCUGAUCCUUGGGGCAGUGGGCAGGUGAAGGACAAGCCACUACAUUCUCCCUGCCUCUCUGGCCCCGUGUCUCCAGGUCUUGCUACAGAAAUGAGUUUUCUGUGAAGCCAAGAUUUGAAGAUGGUGGGCCCGACAACCGUUGCGCAGGCUCCCUCUUGUGGUCUAGUGACCUGGCUUUGUUGUAAUAGUUCUGUUUUUUAAAAGUUGGUGGGGCCGGGAGCAAAAGCAUCCUUCGGUGGUUCUUUCUUGCUUGAAUGUUGAUGUCUUACCAGCAACUAUCCUAGACUACUCUGGAAAUGUGAUGGUGCCUCCAUCUUCAACCUUAACCCAUGCUGCCAUUGCAGAUGUCACUGGUGGCUGCUUCCUAUCUCCUCACCACCAAUGUAUCUGGGUGGGGUACCUGUGUGUGAGAGAGAUCACAGCAAGCUUUUGCAAGUGUCCUCUGACUACAGCAAUCCUUGGAGCCAAAAUCCUAUCCCCCACCCAGCACUCUCUGUUGGCAAGACUGUUCUUGGACUGUGCAAGCCGAUGGAUGCUUGGUCUGGAGAGAGCUGUCUUUGCUCUCCAGCUCCAUGCAGCACUGGCUCCUGCUGCAUUUCUGCAGACCGUUAUACACAGUAGGGUUGAAAUGUCCGUAUUUAUCUAGUGCUUGAAUAGGCUUCCAGAUUGUUUUUAAAAUGCAACCAGUGCUGCUUCCCUGCCCCCACGUUCCAUUGUUUGGACCUUAUACUUUCAUGUUGCCCCCCUCCUCUUCUCUGCUGGUAAGUUUCUCUACCUUUGCCAGGUGUGUUCCUUAUUCUUUCUAGGUUUGCCUGCAGCUGGGCCCUAGGCUGCUUCCUCCCCUUCUCCAUCCCAGGAGGGGGAAAAGGCAUGUUGGAAUGUGGGUGGUAAGAAAGUGAAGUGGUGAUGCUAGUGGGAAAAAGAGGGAGUUUCGCUGGAGUGACCACCCCGUGUGCUCCCUGCAAAACCUCGUUGUUGCCUAACACCAAGGAGAUCAGCAGGGUACCCAGCAAACAAACAGUGAAAUCUGUAGCUGCUUUCUUUACGCAAUGCCAGUGUUUCCAACAUCCCCCCAAAAGUUCCACAUAACCCUUUCCUGAAGAAACUACUUGCUGACCACAAUUCAUACGGUGAGCACUGCUGAAUGAGGUGUGGGGCGCUCCUUACUGGGAAGCAGCUCUCUGGGGCAGGGGUGGGGAGAGUGAAAUACAGAGCCUAACUCUGACUUCCUUUUCUGAGAGGGAACAGCCCAAAUUGUACAUGGCAUUCCAAAGGCCAAAAAAACAGAAAAACCACCACCAAAGCAGCAGAAUUGGUGUGGUGUCAUUUUCACAUGGAAGAAGGGUGUAUUUUGUCAGUGCAGCAAGAGCGAGCUGCGUGUGUGAAGUAGCCUCCUAUCCCCCGGGCAGAGGCACAUCCACGUCAUGAUGUUGUUAAAAAGUGUCUGGCUGCACCUUUUUAUUUGCCUGGAAGUGAGCAUCCGCAGCUGUUGUUGCAGACGAAUAGUUCCUGUGUCUGCUGCUAGAGUAGAGCUUGAGUGUGAUAACAAUGUAAGGCCUUACCUGCUGCUGCCUCCCCCUCCCUCCCCUAAACUAAGAACACCUCAGGCAAAGGGGCUGCAUAAGGAACCUAAACUGGACAAUAAUUAAAACAAAGACACAGGUGCUAAAUGACAAAAGCAGGGUAGGCACUCUGAGUGCUUUUUUUUCUCUUGUGUGUUAAUUUUAUGGAGUAAACAGAAAUUGUGUUGCCAUUUGUACACAAAGAAGGAAAAAACAGAUACAAAAAAAUAACCAAGCUUAGUGCUGCAGCUUUCUCCCCCUCCCGCCCCUUCCCCCAUAUAGAUAUAUAUUACCGCUAUAUCUCUGGCUAACAUUCAUAUAUAAAUUCUUUAGUAGACAAAAUAGAACUCUGUACUGAACUCAACCCUUCUCCCCCCCCCCGCCAUCUCAAAAGUUUUAGGGGCUAACAGCCCCUUUUUAUUCAGCCCACCAUGCCUGCCCUCUCCUACUGUCGUUCCAUCUUUAAUAAUAUAAGUGGCUUCCUUGCUUCGCCAGUCUACUGAGCCCAACUGUUAUGCUUUCUGUACUUGUUUCCGUAUGUCCCACCAGUGAACAUGAUGUACAACAGCAGAGCUUUAUGUGCCUAAAAAGGAGCCAAUCAAAAUGGUAGUGAUUUGUCUAAGCUAUGAAUACAGCAUCAUACAAUUUCCAAUAUUUAUUUAUUGGGAGACACCCAAGGUUCUCUAGCCUUCUUCAUGGUGGAGAAGGAAGCCUAGAAUUAUGCAGAUGUGCUUGCUUUUUAAAAAAGUUAUUAAAGUUUUAAAACCAAAAGGUGGUCAGUGCAGGGCCUUUGCAAGGUCAAGUUGCCUGCAUUUCAUGUGCCCCUGUGACCACUAAUCCUAGCCCUUGCAUAUAUGUAGUUUAACUAUGGUAACAAGAUACAAAGUAGGACAGGUCUCCUUAACUGUAACAGUUUUAUAGCAGGGGUGGGCAACCUCAGGAUCGGGGCCAAAUGCAGCCCUUAACGCCUCUCUGUCUGGCCCUCAGGACUCUUCCCCAGGCCACACAUCCUCCCCGAGCAUACCCCUUCUUCUCAAUCCACACCCCUCACUGGCCCUUCUUCACACCCUCAAGUGUUUCUGCCUGGUCAGAAUAUGUCCUUGAACUCUGAUCCAGCUUGCCUGGAUGGAGGAUAGAGUGGGAUGUUGAGAGUGUAUAGAAACGAGGCUGCUGUACAAAGGUAAAAUGUAUACCUAUUGCUCCACCCAAUUUUGCCUUUGGCUGCACCCACCACUGGCAUGUGGCCCCCAUAUGGUUGUGCAGAAGGGAAUGUGGUCCUUGGGCUGAAAAAGGUUCCCCAACCCUAAUUUAUAGGGAAGGGAGUUUUAGACAGUUUGUCAGAGACGGUGAGAAAAGCUGAUUUUACGAAGAAUCGGGGCUUUGAAAUAGCUAAAAUGUAAUGUCACUUUUCUAACAUAAUCUAGUCUUAAAAGUUUUGUGAGUCUUUGAACUGUUAUCAGGGAUAGCAAUUCACAGUAAAAAUAAAGGGGAGUGUUUAUACAUGGCCAGAUUAGCUGAUCUCUAAGAAUUUUAAUGUUAUUACAUGCGAAUCUUCAGUAACAGGCAGUUCUGUCCCAGCCAAAAGUGGCAAACUAAAUUAAGUACAAUUUAUUUCAGCCAGCCUAGAAAGAUGUUCUUCAGGACCCAGUGCAGCAGCCUUCCUUAACCUGGUGCCCUUCAGAUGUUUUGGACUACACCUCCCACCAGCCCCAGCCAACAUGCUGCCUGGGACUGGUGGGAUUUGUAGUCCAGAACAUCUGAAGGGCACUUGAUUAGAGAAGGCUGCAACACAGCAAACACAUAUAACCACCUUUGUAGCUAAGGGGUGGAGAACCUGUGGCCCUCUAGAUGUUGGACUCCAGCUCCCAUCAGCCCCAGCCAGCAUGACCAAUGGACAAAGACAGUGGAGUCCCAACAACACGGUGGUGGUGGGGACAAGUUCCUAACCCCUGUUCUAGCUCCAUCUCCAUGAGGGUUUGUAAGGGAAGCAAAGUGCUGUAAGGCAAAACAAAAAGCUGCCCUUAUAUUAGCUAAUAUAUUUAUUUUUGUUCACCUUGUUGUAAGCCGCCUUGAGCACAAUUUUAUGUGGAAAGGCGGCAUACAAAUAAAAUGAUGAUGACGAUGAUAAUAAAGACAUACGUCAUAGAGAACCAAUUUGCAAGCUUAACACAGCUUCUCAGCCUCUAGGAGCAGCACUGAAAGCAGGAUUUCAGCCGAUGCAGCUUCUCCCAUCAAAGUGUUCUAUUGGUGGGAAAAGUUACAGAAACGGGAGUCUCCUUUCAGUGCAACUACUAUAUGUAUAGGAACCCUUUCUCAAACCCAGCACUAAUGAGGCUAUAGCUUAAGCAAAGUGCCUUUAGAAAACCAUUCACAUCCUUUCAACCAGUUUUUGGAGCCAUUUUGUAUUAGAUGAAAAACUGAAGACAGACGAGAGCAGUUUUCACAUCUGCAGGGGAACAGGCUGUGAGGAUAGACUGCACAUCUCCCCAUACAGAAGAAGUAAUUGUUCCCUUUCUUUACUAUCUUCUUUUGCUGCCUCUAUCCACUGUUUGUAGAGAGCCUAAACACUCUGGGGUAUCCUCUCAUAAUUUAACAACACAGCCCUGAGGAUUGUGUGAAAUGCGGCACUUCUCGGUAACCCAUCGAGUAGCUUUUUAAGCUGUUCACAAGACCUCAGCUUGAACAGAACCCAGCUUUUCUUGCAGUCGUGCAGGUACCGUUAGUAGGCACUCCUUAAUUUAGCAAAUCUUGUGUUCAAAAACAAACUGCUUCCAGCUGUUAUUUUUGCAAGUAGGAUUCAAUUGCAUACUUAAGGCAGAUUUAGGUUGCCUAAUUAAAGGGGUUUGGGGGUUCUUGCACAACAACUGCUGAAAUAUAAAUGAAUUAAAUCAGACUUUUCACAAUAAGGAAAGCAAUGGGAAAAUGCACGGGAAAUGUGGGGUUACAAUUCCUCGAUUCAACAUUGUAUAACCUCCCCACAAAUAAAUUGGAAUGAAUGCUCAAGAA